AUGGUUAAGGAUGAUAAGUUUUUUACUUGUCUAAAAUAUAUCAUGGAAAGUGAAGGAGGAGAUAUAAACCAUAAAGAUGACAGAGGAGGAGCUACAAGAUAAGGAGUUAGUUAGAAGGCAUAUAAUAAUUAUUAGAAAGAAUUGGGGAAUAAUGGCAAAAUAAAAUCAGUACUUGAGUUGACAAAAGAUUAAAUUGAAGAUUUCUAUUACUAUUACUAUAAAAAAUAUAAUGUUGACAAAAUUGAGGAUAUUAAUUCUUGUUAUCUUUAUUUUGAUACUGUCAUCCUUUAAGGACCUGAUAAAGCAGCAAGAAUGGCAUAAAAUGUAUGUAAUAUAAAAGUUGAUGGUUGUUUUGGUAAAUAAUCAAUAACAUUUUAAGAAUAUAGUUAAAAAUAAUCCUAAAUAAGAAGUAUUUUUUAAAGGAUGGAUUAAUAGGGUGGAUAGGAUUUAUAAUUAAAUCUAAAAUAGUACUAUUUAAUAAUUAUACAAUUAAUACUAAAAUAAAAGAACUUAAGAAAGAUAUGAUAAAAAUAAUUAAUAGACUUAAAAUCUUAAUGGAAUAGAUUGUAAUAUAGAUUUAAGUGUAUUAAAUCGUAUAAAAGGUGUGAAUAAGAUGUGUGCUAGAUUUCUAAUUGAAAGUUAAGAAAAUAUAAUUUUAUCAGACUUAGCUACAGUUUUAAGUGUUUUACAUGGUCCUAAGUUAAAGGAUGAACAUAAAGGUAUAUCAUUUAGUUUAGAUCCAAUAAUUAUACCAAAUCAAUAAGAAUUUAAAUAAUAAUAAAAAGUUUGUUGGCCUGAUGCUUAUGUUGAACGUAAUAUUAUUUAAGAUACUGAAUUGGCUAAAAUAUUAUUUGAUGCAGAUUAUUUAUUAAAAUUAAUGAGUUUAGGUGUUGAAAGUGAUGGAAAGACUCCUUUUAAAUAUCCAUAAGAGUUAUAAUAAUUAGGAUUUAAUUCUUGUUCAAAUAUGGGAAAAUAAAAAUAAUAAUAAAUGUUGUAUAGAUUUUGGCUUGUUCCUUAACAAUGUUUUUAUACUUAAAUUAACAAUAAAUAUGUAAUAGAUGAUAUUUAGGUUGCUUGUUAAGCUAGGUAAAUAGAAAGAGUAAAUAAUAAAUUAAAAGAUAAAAUAUGCCAAGAUGUUAAUGAUACAGCAUAUUAAUUUGCAGCUAAAUUUACUAAAUUAUAUGAUAAAAUAGCAAAAUAUUAUCCUAUUUUUAAUAGAUUGAAAUAAUUAUUCAAAGCAGCAGCUUUAGGAAGAUGGAUGUAUAUAAAUAAAAUUAAAAUAAAUUAUUAAGAUAUCGUAAGGUUUAGUAGAAAAGUUGAUAAUUCUCCAAAAGCAAUACCAAUAUUAAAAUAUGAAUAAGUAGGAGAACAAAAUAAAAUUCCUAUUUAUUUCACUUAAUCUGAAAAAAUAUAAGUGGCUAAAGAAUAUCUAAUUGAAAAAGGUCAUCCAACUACUUAAGAUUUAAUAAAUUAAAUUCUAAAAUAGAUACCUGAUUUAAAGGGAUAUCAGGUAUCUACUUCAGUUCAAUAUAGUUAAGGAGGAGUAGAUACUCAUUGUUAAAAUAUGAUUGAAUCUAAAUAAGAUCCUAAAUUAGAUAAAUUUAAAACUUUGGAUGAAGUUGACAUUCCCUUUUUUCCUUAAAAAAAGUGUACUAAUUGCAAUAGAAUGAUAGAAUGCCAUUUAUAAAAUUUAGAUUAAAAUUAAUGUUCUAUUCAUAAUGAAUAUACAUGUUAUUUGUGCUUAGAUUUAAUUACAAAUUAAUAACUUAAUCCAAAAAGUUGUAUUAUCAAUAAUUAUAGGUAUAUUUUUCAUUAGAACUGUUACAAUGAAUAUUAAGAGAUUAUAAAUAGAAAACAUGAUGAUGAUGAUGAUUUAUAUUGA